GUCUUACAUUACGGAUCUAAUAUAAAAAAAAAAAAAAAAGUUGCUCCAGGAAUCUGCCAACGGUCAGAAAGUACUCCCGCAAAGUAAGGCAAGAACACCAACGUCUCUCCCCAUCUCCCCCACGUUACUCUUUCAUUCUCCACAGCAAGCUAACGGUUACAUUCUUCAGAAGCCUCAGCCACUGUACUUUCUUCCCUCUUUAUUUUUCUGUCAUUGUUUUUUCCCCCCGUUUUGGCGAUGGAACCCGCCAAGAUAGACUGGAAGCAAAUCGAGUGGGUUUACGAGGAAGACAAGCUGUACGAGACCAUCAACGCCCCCAAAUGGGUUGAUUUCUUGGCCACUUCUCGAGACGAGGCCGAUUGCGUCGAUGAUGUCGCCUGGUUCUGCAGACCCGAUUGUAACCAUCCCAAGUCAGCUGAAGAUUUCUUAAAAUUCACUCCUACUUCGUCCAAGCAUUCAAGGUCUGGCGUCAAAACCCACAGCCCAUUUGGUGACUUGAACCAGAAAAGGAAUGGUAAACCGAAGAGGAGAGGGCCAAAUCAGUCUUCCAUUGCAUCCUAUGACGAGGAGAUGGGUGUGAGCCAAGAUAGUGAGAACCAGAACCCUAAUCACAAUCAUAAUCAUAAUUUCUCAACCCCUCCGAAUUUCCAAAUCAAGUCCAUGAAAGCACUGUUCAAAUCAAGCUCUGAAAGGAGGAAGCCCGCCAAUGACGAUGAUGCUGCAUCAGAAGCCAAUUUACAGCAGCAGAAGCCUAAGCUGAAACCCACACUAUCAGCAAAGAAUUUGUUUGCUGGCAAGGAUAUCCUUGGCCAUAUUUCUGAAUUCUACAAUGAGUUGAAGAAGAUGGCAAUUAGAAGCAGGGACAAAGAGGAGGAGGAUGCGACCUUGGAAACUAACGAAAGCCAGGUGGCGCAAGACGAAAGUGCGGCUGUGAAGGAGGAGGAUCACAGAGAGGUUUUGGGGGUUUUAGAUUUGAAGGAGAAGACCACCCCGCCGCCUGGCGUUGGAAAGGACAAGUUGGGAGGGAGGAGUGAAAAGGGAAGCAGCGGCAAGAAGUUGAGGAGGAAAAUAAGAGUUGAUGAUGAUGCAGAGAACAUCGUCCCAGCGUCGCUGAACUUAGAAACGGUGAAGAAACCGCUGCAGCAAAAAGGAGAGGAGCAGCAUCGGCUGCUCCAAAUCCCGACGAAUCCCCCUUCUCCGCAAUGCUUCUCUGCUGGCCAUGCAGCAGUCAAAACCACACCAUCAGGAGCUUCAAAGUCCAGACUCGUGGAGAAGUCGAUUCUUCAGGAAGUGAAGCAGCAGCAGGAGACUGUGAAACAGGAAAACCGAGAAAAGGGUGGAAGAAGUUUCGCCAUUGUGGAUGGUAAAGAAUCAAAAACGGCUUUAGAUAUGUUCUGGUUUCUGAAGCCUUGCACACUCUCCAGCUGAUGCGACAAAGACAGAUAAUAAUCAUUGUUUUGCGUCCAUCCUUCAUUGGGCCAUUUUUUUACCUUGCACAUAGAUAAUCCCUGUAAUUGCCUGCCUCAUAACCAAGGCCAUUUGAUUCAUUCAUUUGUUGCAUCUCUGUUAGAGAAAACACGAGCAAAUAAUACUUGUCGUAGUGGUGUAAUUAGUUUUGAAGAGCACAUUCAUUCAGACCCGAAACGCAGUUUCAGCAACAACCCAGGUAUUAUUGCUGGCUUUGCUGGUUCUCCAUUCACCACAAAGCUUUGCCAGUCAAACAACAAACUAUAUUCGACUGCUGAUCAUUGACUACUACUUUCAGAAAAAAGAAGAGCAAAUAGACUUUUCUCAGCACCACAAGUGUUUCUUUCUUCUUUGGAAUUGACUUGUGGCUACCAGAAGGAACAUACAUACAUGUAUCAUAACAAAUCAACGAUCCAUUCAUCUAUCUCCAAAAGGGUAUACAAGAUUUCAUACAAAAGCACAUCAUCACUCACACAACUUAGUAUCGCAACCCCUCAAAAUCAACAACCAACAAAGAAAGGCAAAACCGGAACCCAGAACCCAAGAAGGGAAGCGGAGGAGAAUGUACAAACGAACUGUUGGGUAUCAAUCAUACGGAAAAGGAAUCAUCUAUCUAUCUGGUAGUAGUAGCAGUUGAACUCAACCUGAAAUUGCAGAGGAAUCUGUUCCAGAGCCUUGACCAGACGUUCCUGGCUCGUGGGUAGUAGCGGAUCGUGUAGAGCCUGGACUCCCUCACCAUCUCCUCCAUCAUCUCGACAAACAGAUUCAAGCUCCUCACAGGCGGUAUGUACAGAGUCAAAGGCGCGGCCGAGAAAGCUACCGUGAAGAACAACUGCAGCGCCAUCUCUUCUCUUCUCUUCUCUAGUUGUACGUCGACAGAGAAAUAGCAAUGUAAAAGAAAGAAACACCAAAGCCUUGCCAGGAAAUCAAUUUCUAUUUGAUUUUCCUUCCUUCCCGAGGAGAAAGAAGGUUGGGGAAACACGACGGAAGCUUUAUAGGGUUGGGCGGUGGGCUCUCUCAUUGCCCAUGGGGAACCAAAUAUGAAACAGACAAGGAAAAGGAGAAAUGGAGAAUAGUGUUAAUUGUUGUUAGGUACAGGGUAGGAUCUAACAAGUGUGAGUAGGAAUAUAGGAAUCGUAAGUUCUGGAAAUAUAAGGAACCAAAUCGAAU